AAGCCGGUAGCCACCACAUAACCCGCCAUUUCACCGCUUCCCUCCUCCCUCUCCUCCGAUUGGGCCCACCAACCAGGGAGAGGGUGAGAGGGCCCCGCCACCGUCAACAAAACAACCCACCCAACCCCAGUCACAACGAGGCCUGCCGCCCUCCGGUGCGGGCCGGUGGUCGGUGGUGACGAGCAGACACGCUAGACUAGCUCGCUAGCUAGCUACCUAGGUAGAAGCAAGCGCUGGACCAGCCAUGACGCGCCGCGGGACGCUCCCGCUGGCGCUGCUGCUACUACUGCUGGCGGCGGCGGCGGCAACCGUGUCCGGGCAAGGCCGGCCCGUGACCGACAGCGGCGCGCAGACGCCGCCCACGCCGUCCAGCUUCACGCCUAAAGACAGCUUCCUGAUCGACUGCGGCGGGACGGCGCCCCUCACCGCCGACGGCAAGUCGUACAAGACGGACGCGCAGGCCAACCACCUGCUCUCCGCCACCGACGCCAUCCGCGUCGCCGCCGACGACAAGGCCGACGUGCCCUCGCCGCUGUACGCCACCGCGCGGGUGUUUAAGGAGGAGGCCGUCUACAGCUUCCCGCUCACCGUCCCGGGCUGGCACUUCAUCCGCCUCUACUUCUUCCCGCUCAAGGGCGGCGACGUGGACCUCGCGUCGGUGACCUUUAGCGUCGUCACCGACGACAACGUCCUGCUCCACAGCUUCACCCCGGGGGACAAGCCCGUCAUGAACGAGUACCUGGUGAACGCCACCGAGAACCACCUGGCGCUCAAGUUCCAGCCGCUCAGUGGCUCCGCCGCCUUCGUCAACGCCAUCGAGGUGGUGAACGCGCCCGACGAGCUCGUCACCGACUCGGCGCUGGCCGUCGCGCCGCUGGGCGAGAUCACCGGCCUGGUGCACGACGCGUACCAGGUCCUGUACCGGAUCAACGUCGGCGGUCCCGCCAUCGGCCCGGCCAAGGACACGCUGGGCCGGCGGUGGGAGACCGACGCCGCGUACGUGCAGUCCAAGGAGGCGGUGAAGGACGUGUCGGUGCCCACCAGCACCAUCAGGUUCCCCGAAGGGACGUCCCGGCUGGUGGCGCCGGCGCUGGUGUACGCCAGCGCUGCCAGGAUGGCGGACGCCGACGUGGGGAGCCCCAACUUCAACCUGACGUGGAAGGUGGACGUGGACCCGUCCUUCAGCUACCUGGUCCGCCUCUUCUUCGCCGACAUCGUGAGCAAGGCCACCAACGACCUCUACUUCGACGUGUACAUCGGCGGGCGCAAGGCCGUGUCCGGGCUGGACCUGUCGACGGUGGCCGGCGGCGAGCUGGCGGCGCCCUACUACAAGGACUUCGUGGUGAACUCGUCGUUGCUGGAGGACGGCAAGCUGAGCGUCCAGGUCGGGCCCAUGGGGCAGGACACGGGGCGGAUCGACGCGCUGCUCAACGGCAUGGAGGUGCUGAAGAUGAGCAACUCCGUGGGCAGCCUGGACGGCGAGUUUGGCGUGGACGGGCAGAAGGCCGACGACGGGAGCGGUGGGCGCAAGGCGGUGGCGGCCGUCGGGUUCGCCAUGAUGUUCGGCGCGUUCGCGGGGCUGGGCGCCAUGGUGGUGAAGUGGUACAAGCGGCCGCAGGACUGGGAGCGGCGGGAGAGCUUCUCGUCGUGGCUGCUCCCCAUCCACACGGGCCAGUCCUUCACCGGCAAGGGCAGCCGGUACGGGUCCAAGAGCGGCAACACCUUCUCCUCCACCAUGGGUCUGGGCCGCUUCUUCUCGUUCGCGGAGAUCCAGGCGGCCACCCAGAACUUCGACGAGAAGGCCAUCAUCGGCGUGGGCGGGUUCGGCAACGUGUACGUCGGGGAGAUCGACGACGGCACCAAGGUGGCGGUGAAGCGCGGGAGCGCGGAGUCGGAGCAGGGCAUCAACGAGUUCAACACGGAGAUCCAGAUGCUGUCCAAGCUGCGGCACCGGCACCUGGUGUCCCUGAUCGGCUACUGCGACGAGAACCAGGAGAUGAUCCUGGUGUACGAGUACAUGCACAACGGCGUGUUCCGGGACCACAUCUACGGCAGCGAGGGGAAGGCGCCGCUGCCGUGGAAGCAGCGGCUGGAGAUCUGCAUCGGCGCUGCCCGGGGGCUGCACUACCUGCACACGGGCACGGCGCAGGGGAUCAUCCACCGCGACGUGAAGACCACCAACAUCCUGCUGGACGACAACUUCGUGGCCAAGGUGUCGGACUUCGGGCUGUCCAAGGACGGGCCCGGGAUGAACCAGCUGCACGUGAGCACCGCCGUGAAGGGCAGCUUCGGGUACCUGGACCCGGAGUACUUCCGGUGCCAGCAGCUGACGGACAAGUCCGACGUGUACUCCUUCGGCGUGGUGCUGCUGGAGGCGCUGUGCGCGCGGCCCCCCAUCGACCCGCAGCUGCCCCGGGAGCAGGUCAGCCUGGCGGAGUGGGGCAUGCAGUGGAAGCGCAAGGGCCUCAUCGAGAAGAUCAUGGACCCCAAGCUCGCCGGCACCGUCAACCCGGAGUCGCUCGCCAAGUUCGCCGAGACCGCCGAGAAGUGCCUCGCCGAGUUCGGCAGCGACCGCAUCUCCAUGGGCGACGUGCUGUGGAACCUCGAGUACGCGCUGCAGCUGCAGGACGCCAACCCGCCCGAGGGCGCGCGGCAGGGCGGCGACGGGGACGACCAGGACGGCGCCGCGGCGGCGGGCGGCGGCGGCGCUGUCGUACCCGCGGGCGGUGCCGUGCCCGACGCGUCCACCGCCGCCGCCGGGGAGCUCUUCCAGCAGCUCGCCGACAUGCAGGGGAGGUGAGGUCGAUCGCCGGUCGUACGUCAAAACUCUACACACACUGCACACUGUACGUGGCAUGGCAAUCUGACUGAGCUCGUCUCGUGCACGUCGACACAUCGAUAGAUGCAUGUGUACUGCACCCGGUGAAAAUUUGAAACGAUGAAUAUUCACUAGAACACAAACUGAACAGAGUGGUGAGUCCUACGUACGUACGUGUAACAACUAGCACCGGUCGAUCGAUACAAUAUUCUUCAACCUGACACGUGGGGUCUGCACUACCGGCGACGGACGAGGGUGAGCUCGUCAUAUUCUCAAAUUUCCAAUAUUUAAUAUACGUGUGUGCGAUAAUGUAUUUAUUUGUAAUUUCGCGAUUGUGUAAUACUUGGGGGAUUUGCUAUGUUUCGGUCGCCUCUAAAAUACACUAUAUUUUUAGACAACGAUCUUUAUCGUUAAUUAGUUCAUGAGCAUGUAAAGCUAAGAUUCAUUUUAACGCAGGGAAAAAAAACAAGAACGAAUGGAUA